AUGAAUAUUUUUAAUGCUAGAUGUUGUCUCUUAACUUUAUUUUUUUUUCUUUUCGAAAAAAAAUUCGCCAAAAAGGGUGUCACCUUGAGUUGCGUUUUUUCCCAUGCGAGUGAGGAACGUGAGGGUGGCACAGGGACAUUUGCUUUGAGCAAUGAGCCGAUUUAUUACGCCCCUAGUGGGGGGCUGGCGCCGUGCGCGCUCAUCAGCAGAGGGUUAAGCGGGGAUGAGGAGGGUAGCGGCGAGGACGGCGGUGAAGAUGGCGACGGAGAUGGUGGUGAAGACAGCGCUGAGGACAACGCUGAGGAUGGAGACGAUGAUGGUGGCGAAGAUGGCGGCUUGCCCGGGGGACGCUUCCCAUACGAAGAAGGAAAAAAGAGUAGCCUUGUGAGCGACGCACCCAGCGACCUCCUGGAUGGAGAUGCGGAUGAACAUGCCGCCGAAGAUGGGGGAGCGAAGCGAAAGAUGAGUAAGAAGGAGGAAGAGGCGGAGGAUAACAAAAUUGACAAGUUGGUAAAUGCGGAAAUGAAAAAGCUCGAGGCAGGGGAAGAGGCGAACAAGGAUCCCGACGCAGAACCAGAAAAAGAGGACCAGGGAAGUGGCCAAGGACAAAGGGCGAAGCUGAGGUGCUCAAACAAGCUAAAUUACAUACAGGUGACGGCGAAUGGCCAAAGGGAGGGCGACCUCUUUGGCGAGAACGACGGGGAGAGCGCCCCAGCUUUCGUGGAGAUACCCCACGAGGUUGAGGAGGAAAGCGGCGGUGUGCCCACAAAGCAUGACGAAGCGGGGGAAGCAGCUGCGGCGGAGGAACCACAUAACCGCGUCGACCGAGCGGAAAAAGAAAACAACGCGAAGGACUUAAAAUUUGUGGAGGGGGAGCGAGAAAGACAAAGGAGCAGCCCCCCCUCGAAUGGAUAUUCCCAAAACAGCUUUGUCGAACUGAAAGGUGUGCCCGAUAAAUUGCCCCCUAAUUUUACCAACUCGCUUGGUAGCUCCCCAACGCACAGUAAUUUGGAGAAACCAGUUUAUAAGCACUUACCCUGGUCUAUCCUGGCAUCCGACUCUGGUUCGAACACCGGGUCCUGGGCAGACGUCAACAGUAGUACCUACAAUGUGAGUCCAUUCAGUUUCACCUCAAUACGUAGUGGUAACUCUCUGCAUCUACUGCCGAUGAAUUUCCAAAUCCAAAACUCCAUCGUGAAAGUAACUGAUGAGGAGUAUGACAAAUUGAAGCUUAAAAACAGCGUCAAAGUGUAUGACAAAAAUGCCCUGGUAGAUUAUAAGUAUGAAAUUUUUGAGGUGAAGGAAGGGGAGGAAUAUAAUGAUGGGAAUGACCCUUAUGAGGAAAGGAAUGGGGAAGAAGGGGAUGCAGGUGGAGAGGGGGGUUCCGAUGGGGAGGGAGAUGCAGAUUCUAAAUCAUAUCAAAAUAACAAAUCGGAUGGACGUGGGUUCUUCGAUGGGACCUUAGUAACCUACACCAUUAUCAUUUUAGCUGGUGUUAUAAUUCUGCUGCUAAGUUUUGUCAUUUAUUACUACGAUAUAAUAAAUAAGGUGAAGAGGCGAAUGAGUGCCAAGCGGAAGAACAACAAAUCUAUGGCCAUCGCGAAUGAUACAUCCGCGGGGAUGUACAUGGGCGACACCUACAUGGAGAAUCCCCACGUUUGA